AUGUUCUCGAGACAUUCGUCGAGGCUCCCAGGCCAAAUCGCACGGCAAGCGGCGGUCCGUCACUUCUCUACGGGGGCCGCGCUUCGGCAAGAGAUCCGCGACGCAUACAUCCUCAGUGCGUCGAGAACGCCAACGGCAAAGUUCAAUGGCUCGUUCACCAACGUCUCAGCGCCCAAGCUCGGCGCUGUCGCCAUCAAGUCCGCCCUUGAGAAGUCAAAGGUCCCCGUCGAAAAGAUCUCGGACGUGUACAUGGGCAAUGUGCUGCAAGGAUCCGUCGGACAGGCGCCAGCUCGCCAGGCCGUCAUCUUCGCCGGCCUCCCGUCGAGCGUCGAGGCCAUCACCAUCAACAAGGUCUGCGCCUCGGGACUGAAGGCCGUUGUCUUCGCCGCGCAAAAUAUUCAGCUGGGACUGGCCGAUGCGCAAAUCGCCGGCGGCAUGGAGAACAUGACGAGGGUGCCCUACUACGUGCCUCGCGCGUCCAACCUGCCGCCGUUCGGACACGUCAAGAUGGAGGAUGGUCUGCUCAAGGACGGCCUGACCGACGUCUACGAUCAGUUCCACAUGGGCAACUGCGCCGAAAACACCGCCAAGAAGCACGAGAUUACCCGCGAGAUGCAGGACCAGUACGCCAUUCAGUCCUACGAGCGCGCCCAGGCGGCUUGGAAGGCCAACGCUUUCGCUGAGGAGAUUGCUCCUGUGACCGUCCCCGGAAAGAAGGGCGACACCACUAUCGAGGCCGACGAGGGUUACCUCGACGUCAAGUUCGACAGGGUUCCCACGCUGAAGCCCGCGUUUGUGCGUGACGGCACGGGUACCGUUACCGCGGCCAACUCUUCCACGCUGAACGACGGUGCAAGCGCGCUGGUCCUGGGUAGCAAGGAGAUUGCGCAACAGUACGGAUCGGGCUCCCGGGUGCUGGCCAAGAUUUGCGGUUCGGCCGACGCUGCUGUCGACCCUGUGGACUUCCCUAUUGCGCCGGCUAAGGCGGUCCCCAUUGCGCUCAAGAGAGCGGGCAUCACCAAGGAUCAGGUUGCUGUCUGGGAGUUCAACGAGGCCUUUGCCGCCGUCAUUAAGGCCAACGAGAAGAUUCUCGGACUGGAGGGUGCCCGCGUCAACCCCCUCGGGGGAGCCAUCUCCCUCGGCCACGCCCUGGGAAGCUCCGGGUCGAGGAUCCUGGUCACACUGCUGCACCAGCUGAAGCCGGGCGAAUACGGCGUUGCGGCGAUCUGCAACGGUGGCGGCGCAGCCACUGCCGUCGUCGUGCAGCGCGUCGACAAACCACCGGCCCCUCCAUCCAAAUAUCGGCUCGGGGUCUCCCGGCGGGGCGGCGCCGCCAACCUCACCGAGCACGCACUCCCCCUUGCUCCCCGCACACCGAAGGAUCCACCUCACCUCACCUCAUCUCACCUCACCUUGACUUGGGACUUCAAUCACUCACUGUCGACUCUCAUCACGAUCCGCUGGGGCAUCACUCACAUCUCACGCCAACACUCGCCCCGAAUACCCACGCUAUCAUUGGCUCAACUCAAGUCCCCACGCGCGCGUACCGCUGCGGCGCCGACAAUGUCCCUCAUAAUCCAAUUUCUCACACAAAUCCGCACUUUCGUCCGCGCCCAGAACAGCGACGAGCUCCGUAACUGGCUCCUCGUUGAGCCCACAGCGAACCAGCAAUACCAUGCUCUCGCCUCAGAGCUCAAGACGCAGUUCCGUUCCCCGUCGCACGCUAACGGCGGCAGCGGCGCCGGUACCAGCACGGCUCUUGAGAACACUAUUGAGAAAUGCUUGCCCGAGGAGGACGAUGUGCCCGAAGGCCAGGGCUCGCCUUGGCCGGGUUUUGUGACUUUCAUGAAGGACUACAUGCUCUUCUGGCGUGAUGUCGACUAUGACGACCUAUUGGGCGCGCACACGUUGCUCAGCGGGCUGGUGAACUCCUGCAGCACCGCCUUCGCUCACCCGACCUAUGGCGGCAUGCUCCUCAAGACGGCCAUGUCCCUUUGCGAGUCCCUCGCGCGGCUGACCAUGAUGCUCUCGCGUCGCCCGGACCUGACGCGCAACAUCCGCAACGUCGACGCCGACGACCGCAAGUCCAUCGCCGAGUCCUCGGCUGAAAUCAUCCAGAAGAUCUUCACCACCUGCCUGACGGACCGCUCCAGCGCGCGGUACAGCAAACCAGAGGGCAAAAAGGUCGGCGUCUACAUGUUUGCCAACCUGGUCCUGAAGCUGCUCUUCGCCUGCCGGAGAACGCACCUCGCCAAGCAAAUCUUCACAAACAUCUCGACAAACUCGCCGCCCCUCUCCCUCUACCCAGCCUCCCAGCGCGUCACCUUCCUCUACUACCUGGGCCGCUUCAACCUCGCCAAUUGCCACUUCCUCCGCGCCGCCCUCUGCCUCGAGGAGGCCUACCUCCAGAUCCCCCCGCCGCUGACCUCCCACCGCGCCCUCGUCCUCUCCUACCUGAUCCCCAGCAACCUCCUCCUCGGCCGCCUGCCCUCGCAGCUCCUCCUCUCCCGCCCCGAGGCCUCCUCCCUCGCCCCAAUCUACCAUCCGUUGGCCCAGUCCAUCCGCAGGGGCGAUUUCGUCCACUUCCAGCACGCCCUCGCGCAGCACGAAAAGUAUCUCUUCGACAAGGGCCUUCUCCUCCUCCUCACUCACCGCCUCCGCCCUCUGCUCUGGCGCUCCCUCGCCCGCAAGACGUUCCUCCUGACCUACGCCCCGGGCCCGGACGAUGCGUCAUCUGCCGCGACAGCCACGGCCACGAACCGCCGCGCCGCGACUCUCGACCUCGCAGACCUGCACGCGACGGCUUCCUACCUCCAACGCCGCCUCGAGGGCUACGUCCCCUCCAAGCCCCCCUCCUCCUUCUCCUCGGCGUCUGCGUCCCCGGCUUUCCUUGCGGCUGUGUCCCACGAUGCGGUCUCGACCCUCGUGCCCCCGCCCGGCGGGCCCAGGAAGCUGCGCCCCAACGAGGGGCUUGUCUGGGGCAAUAGCCCCGUCGAGAUGGACGACAUCGAGAUGACCGUCGCGGCGCUCAUCCAGCUCGGCUUCAUGCACGGCUUCGUCGCGCACUCGCAGGGCAGGUUCGCCGUCAUGGGCGCCACCAAAAAGAGCCCCGUGUUAGCCGGGUGGCCGAUGCCGUGGGCCGCGGUCCGGGAGAGGCAGUACGAGGAGGAUCUGGAUCUGGACCAUGUGCCCGGCUGGGUCAAAGGAUAA